AUCCCGCCUUCUCUCGCAUAACCGCGCAUAAAUCGAUAGCAACGAUGUCUGUGAACAAAGUCGCAGUUGCAGGCGCUACCGGCAACAUCGGCCAGGCUAUCACCGAGCAGCUAGUCGCCGCCAAGUUCGACGUCAUCGUCCUCUCGCGCUCCGAGAACCCCAGCAAGGUCCCCGCGGGCGUGGCCGUCCGCCAUGUGGACUACGACUCCGUCGAGUCGCUCACCGUCGCGCUCCAGGGCGUCGACGCGGUCGUCUCCGCCGUCGCGUUCGCCGGGAUCCUGGGACAGACCAAACUCGUCGACGCCGCCGUCGCCGCAGGCGUGAAGCGCUUCCUUCCGUCCGAGUACGGGAGCGACCUGCGCCACCCCGCCGCGCGCGCCCUCUCCGUCUUCGCGCCCAAGGCCAAGGUUGAAGACUACCUGGAGACGGUCAGCGCGGAGCACCCGGGCCUCACCUACACGUUCGUCAGCUCUGGACCGUUCCUCGACUGGACCCUCCGCGCUGGCAUCCUGCUCGGCGACGUCAAAGCGCGCAAGGCAGAGGUCUACGACGGCGGCCGCCUGCCGUUCAGCGCGACGACGCUUGCGGGCGUCGGUCGCGGCGUCGCCGCCGUACUGCGCCACCUGGAAGAGACGAAGAAUCGCACGGUUGCGUUGCAUGAGGCGGUCGUCAGUCAGGGCCAGAUCUUGGACAUCGCGAAGGAGCUCACGCCCGCAGAGGAGUGGACCGUCACGGAGAGCCAGUCGGCGGAUCUGAAGGCGAGGGCGGACGCGAAGCUCGCCAAGGGCGUUUUCGACAUGGAGGUCGCCAUCUCGCUCAUCAAAUGGUCGACGUUUUCCGAGGGGUUCGGGGACGUGCACUUGAAGGGGGUGGACAACGAUAUGCUCGGGAUCAGGCUGCUCUCGGAUGAGGAGCUGAAAGCUAUAGUGGCGUCUGCUUUGUAGACAUGGAUCUUGGUGUAUCUUGUUUUCUGAUAUAUGGAUGUUUGCUCAAC